AUGCCCAAGGAUUUUCUUGAACCUGUGCUCUAUGUCCCGGGUUGCAGCAAUAGCGAGACAGUUUCUAGCAUAUUGAAAGGGAAAUAUACGGCAGUGUCAUGGCAUCAUGGCAAACCGCUCUACAAGAAGGAAGGUUUGCCCUCCGAAAAAGACAACGUGCCUGUCGUUCUUUACUUCUGGGAUAGUAGGGAUGGGGACAAGAAUCACGGUUGGUGGUUUGGUCCUAAAGAAGGCGGUGAAAGAGUAUGGGCAUACAACUUCUUCAACCGGGAUCAUCAGACAGUGACAGUUCCCGCGUUUGGAUGGAAAGUUCCACAUGACGGUGUGUUGGACACAAUGCUAUGCAUCACAACUAGGAGCCAAGCCACGGAUAAACGCAAUGACUCUACAUUCGAGCUUCGAUGGGAGUUUGUGGCCAGUGCAGAUGGACAGGACGAUUGGCAACCAAUGAGCAAGGACAUGAAUGACGCGCUGGAAAAGCGUUGGGCAGACGGCUGGCGUGGUGACAACGGAACUGACACCUUCCAUGUCCAUUCAAACGGCUUCACCUAUGGAAUUGAUUGUUACUGCAUGGUGCAAUGGAAUGUGAGGACGCACCGCAGGCGGAAUAUCAGGAGAGGUGAGGUGAGACCCGAUGUAAACACCAUGCUGCCGAAACUGGCUGAGAAAGACGCCCAAGUGGAAAGUCUCCAGAGUGAACGGAACAGCCUUGCAGAGGAUAAUAAAGAAUUGAUCGCCAAGGUCAAACAGUUAGAGACGGAGAAGAACGCUUUGGAGAAGUCACAGGCAGACCAUGCCACCCAGAUGAUGCUGGAGGAAGCUUGGCGUAUGAAUUCGCAGUUGCAGACACAGACUUGCACUGAACUUCAUCAUUGGGACGCAGCCUUCUCCAACAUCCAACAGGCUCUUGUGGAAGCAUGCCCCGCAGAUCACUACGGUGACUGCAGGCGGAUGCUAAAGGUCAGCAUCACUGGCCUCCAACAGAUUCGUAAUGUGGACCUUUGGAAGGCCUACGACUUCCAGAAGGAACGGGUGCGGAAAGAGUUGGAACGCCGUGAUGGCGUUCCCACUGUGGCUAGCGCUCUACCAUCACGAGUGUGCAAGUGGGCGCAUUUGGAUACAAAGCUUAACGAGAUUCUGCUCAUCCAUGGAACCACAAAGGAUAGGAUCGACCAAAUCGCAACGUUCGGAUUCGACGAGCGCCUUGCGCGGGAAAGUGGGCUUUACGGCCAAGGAGUUUACUUCGCAGAUCAGAGCUGCAAAAGCCUUCAGUACUCCGGCGCAUGCUGGGGCAACACUGGUUGCUUCAUCAUUGCGCGUGUUUUGCUCGGGCACCCUUUUGAUGCCCCUGGCCCGUUGAAGAGUCUGAAGGUGGAACCGCUGGUUGAUCCAACCAACCCUUGCAAAGGCCAUGCCUUGGGCAUCAACUUGAGCUAUCACAGGGCCAUUGCGGAGGCCGUAGCAUGCUGUCAAGCCCUGUGGCCUGUGACCAUUUUCUUUCCAAUUGAUUGUGCUGCAGUUGUUUCUUCGUCAGCAGACCUCGAAAAUGACACUUCGUCAACAUCUCCCAACACAGAGGAGGAUUGCAAUUUCUUUAGGUGCACGCUGAGCGGCAGGCCCAUGGGCAAAAGUGACUGGAAAUUCCUGCCUCCGGAGAUUGAGUCAGGCUGGGAAGCUUUGCAUCGGCGUUCCCGUUCUUCAGUCCGUUCGGCUGUCACCGAUUCUUUCCUUUCAAUUUUGAAUGACUUCUGGACCAGAGUCCAGAGAGCCACGUGCUGCCAUGCCCUAAUGUUUCAAGACACGAAGCAGAACGAGUUCACGGCACCUGUGCUUCAUGUGCCAGAUUGUAGCAACGAUAUCCUAAGAGGACGAUACACUGCAAAAGGCUGGCAUCACGGCAAACCACUCUACCAGAAAGAAGCAGCUGACAAUCGGGGUCCCGUUGUUCUGUAUUUUUGGGACAGUCGUGAUGGCGACACACAUCAUGGUUGGUGGUUCUCUCCAAAAGAGGGGAGUGCCCAAGUGUGGGCGUACAACUCCUUCAACCGCAGCCCUGAUGACCUCAGAGUGCCUCCAGUUGGGUGGAGGGUCCCAUGGGAUGGGCGCGUCGAUUCGGCGCUGCAAAUACGCACGGCAUGUCAAGACGUGGUUGAUGCUAGCGACCAUGGCUUCGAACUUUGCUGGGAAUUUGUGGCCAGCUCAGGUGGAGGAGAAGAAGAUUGGCAGCCAAUGAGCAAUGCAAUGAAUGAUGCGUUGGAAAAGCGUUGGAACAGUGGCUGGCUUGGAGACAAUGGGGCUGAUACCUUUUAUGUCCGCGAUGGCCACUUCACCUACGGCGUUGAUUGCAAGUGUAUGAUGCAGUGGAAUGUGAGAACCGGCCGAAGGCGUUGGAUCAGGAGAGGCCAGGUCAGGCCAGAAGCAAUGGCUGUGCUACCCAAGCUGACCGAGAAAGAUGCCCAAGUAGACCGGCUGCAGAAUGAAAGGAACAGCCUUGCAGAGGAGAGGGACGAGUUAAUAGCAAAAGUGGAGCGGUUGGAGCGUCAGAAAAAGACAUUGCAGAGGUCAUUGGAUGACAGAGACAGUCUCGCUGCGGAAAGAAACGGGUUGCUGGAGGCCGUGGUGAAGUUGAAGCUGGAAAAACAUUUUUUGGCACAGUCACAGGCAGACCAUGCUGGCCAGAUGGUGCUGCAGGAAGCUUGGCGGAUGAGUCGCCAACUGCAGACACAGAUUUGCACCGAAUUGAGUCCUUGGGAUGCAGCUUUCCCCAACAUCCAGCAAGUUCUCAUUGAAGCAUGCCCUGGCGAUCACUAUGGAGCAUGCAGGCGCAUGUGGAAUGUCAGCGUCACUGGCCUGCGGCAGAUUUGCAAUAUUCGCAUUUGGAAGGAUUAUGAAUUUCGAAGGGAGCAAGUCCGCAAAGAGCUGGAAAGUCGUGACGGAAACAGCGUUCCUAGCGUGCAAAGCGCCCUGCCAUCACACAUGUGCAAUUGGGCACAUCUGGAUGCGAAAAUCAAUGAAGUCUUGCUCAUCCAUGGCACAACGUCAGACAAAGUUGAGCAAAUUGCGAACUUCGGAUUCGAUGAACGCCUUGCGCGUGAAAAUGGGCUUUACGGUCAAGGAGUCUACUUCACAGACCAAAGCUGCAAGAGCUUCCAAUAUUCUGGGGCAAAGUGGCAAAACUCCGGUUGUUUGAUUAUUGCUCGGGUGAUCCUUGGGCAUCCGUGUGAAGCUCAAGGUCCCCUGAGGAACCUGAAGGUGGAACCGCUGGUUGAUGACAACAGUCCAUCGAAAGGCCGCUGUCACUCUGUGAUCGCCAGACCUGGGAUUCCACAAGGCUCGGGCAAACAAGUGCACCGAGAAUUCGUCCUCUUCAACGGAACUCAAGCCUAUCCGGAGAUGAUUGUUCAUUUCAAGACUUCUUGAGACCCCUGAGGCCUUACGGACAUUUACAGACAAGAGUUUUACGACAGAGAGGGAACGUAACGAAGCGAUCGCCAAAGUCACGGUUGUGAUUGCGACGCUGGUUGUUCAUGUUGAAAAGCGCGGAAAAGCGUUUGCAACUUAUUGAAGCCGCAUGAUUUGCAAUUUGGUGGGGUCCUGCACGUUGCGGCAAUGACAAAGUGUCAUUACAAUUGCUGGUAUUUUUUUGCAGCUUUCAGAUGUUAUCAAUGUGUCUUUAUUGCUGCAGGGCCAAGUGGUCGCACCUUUCCUGUGGCCGGCAGCCUUGCAGCUUGGGUGAGUGCUUAAAAAAAC